AUGGUGCUGUCACUACCCAAAGAAGGUCGCUAUGAGUUCCAGAAGAAGAGACAGCUGAUUCUAGAGAAGGCCAGGUUUGAGGCCCAGCUUGCAUGCCGGGAGUAUGAGUGGCAUAUGUCAAUCAAGCGACAUGACAGAUCUCCAGCCAGCGGACCUCCGUCCUUCUCCAGCCCCGUGUUUGGACUGAAGCCCCGCUCAGCCCCUCCCUCGCUGCCCUGCUCGCCACCUCCUUCCUGUCUCGCCCCCUCCCUCCUCUCACAGGCUUCGCCCCUCCGUAGAGACUCGCCUCGUAGCCACGACGACGGAGGCGUGCUCAGCCGCGUGUUCCUGCGCAGCCACAAGAGCCUGGAGUCGGUCGAUCCUCAGUUCACCAUGAGGAGAAAGAUGGAGCAGCUGAGAGAGGAGCUGGAGCUCACCGAGCUGCUGAGAGACAGCAUCGAGAGCAGACUGAAGGUGGUCCUUCCCGAGGACCUGGGCUCGUCCCUGAUGGACGGCGUCGUGCUCUGCCAUCUGGCCAAUCACAUUCGCCCGCGCUCCGUCGGCAGCAUCCACGUCCCCUCGCCUGCAGUGCCCAAACUCAGCAUGGCCAAGUGUCGGAGAAAUGUGGAGAACUUCCUGGACGCGUGCAGGAAGAUCGGUGUACCACAGUCGUUCCUCUGUUCGCCCUACGACAUCACCCAGUGCCGCCUGCAGCCCGUCAGCGCCGCGGUUCAGGCGCUGGUUGCCUUGGAUACGACCUCUGGUGGCGCGGACGGGAAGCGGGAAGAGGCGAUCGCCGCGGCGCCGAACCCCCCCGUCACCACGGCGACCACGGCGGGGUCAGAGACGCCGUCAUCGGUGUCUGUCACCACCCAAACCCCGCCUCCAGCCUGGCAGAUCUGGGACCUGAUUGGCUCCAGCCUGCUUCACGUCCUCUGCCUCCUGCUGCUCUUCCUCGCCUAUAGCUGGAGCGAGCUGACGUAACCGUGGCGACAGCAUCCUGUCAGUCACCUGACAACCCCCCACCCCACCCCCCCCACCCCCUCUCGCUCCUUCUUUCUUUCCUGCCCGGGCUGCUCCUCCUCCUUCUUUCUUUUGCUGCAUUUUAGGUCACAUGGGGAAAUCAACUUUAAAUACAUUUUUAUCCGGACAUGUUCGGUAGUGUUAAAGGAAUAGUUUGGAUGUUUUGAAGUUUGUUUGUAUGAGCUACUUCUCCACAAUCAGUGUGUAAGUAAGUAAAUAAUCAGGGUUGGGCGAUGUCCCCUAAAUUGGGGGUAUGCACUGUUUAUUUUACUAUAUCUCUUUAGGUAAAUAUUUGUUUCUACUACUAUGGGCUAACAGUUAACAUAGAAACGAUCAGACAUGCAUUUAAAUGCCAUCUGUAAAUAAGACAGUAUUACAUGGCUAUGCUGCUGCCUGCUGGUAGUGGGCAGUAAUUACAACUUUACCUACUUUCACUUAAA